AUGCAACCGCAAGCGAACGUCGCCGUGCCUCAAGCCGUCACGACGCAGGCUCAACAAAUUGUCGGUGUGCCUGCAAAUGCCGUGAUCUUGAAAAUGUCGGAUAUACAACAGAUAUCGACAGUCGGGCUGCUGGAGCUUGCCCACCGAGAAUACCAGGCUGGCGAUUAUGAUAGUGCUGAAUUGCAUUGUAUGCAAUUGUGGCGUCAGGAUGCUACUAACACUGGGGUUCUGUUACUCCUCUCGUCCAUUCACUUCCAGUGUAGAAGGCUGGAUAAAUCAGCACAUUUUUCCACGCUCGCAAUCAAGCAGAACCCUUUAUUGGCAGAGGCUUACAGCAACCUCGGCAAUGUAUACAAAGAGAGGGGUCAACUUCAAGAUGCUCUGGAGAACUACCGCCACGCUGUGCGCCUAAAGCCUGACUUUAUUGAUGGGUACAUAAAUUUGGCUGCUGCCUUGGUAGCCGCUGGUGACAUGGAGCAGGCAGUGCAAGCAUAUGUUACAGCCUUGCAGUACAAUCCAGAACUCUACUGCGUCAGAAGCGACUUGGGCAAUUUGCUCAAGGCCCUCGGACGUCUCGACGAGGCAAAGGUGUUGUCUGGUAAGACAGUAGGUGUGACUGCCGCUGUAUCUAGCUGGGUUACGGCAUGUUACUUGAAAGCCAUAGAGACGAGGCCAGAUUUUGCCGUAGCCUGGAGUAAUCUCGGAUGCGUUUUUAACGCCCAAAGCGAAAUAUGGCUGGCUAUUCACCAUUUCGAGAAGGCAGUGGCAUUGGACCCCAAUUUCUUGGACGCUUACAUAAACCUCGGAAACGUCUUAAAAGAGGCUAGAAUUUUUGACAGGGCAGUAGCUGCAUACUUACGGGCACUUAACCUAUCUCCCAACAAUGCUGUUGUGCACGGAAACUUGGCGUGCGUGUAUUACGAGCAGGGGCUUAUCGAUUUGGCCAUUGACACGUACCGAAGAGCGAUCGAACUGCAGCCCAAUUUCCCCGAUGCAUAUUGUAAUUUAGCGAAUGCGCUCAAAGAAAAAGGCCAAGUGGCCGAUGCGGAAGAGUGCUACAACACAGCGCUCCGGCUGUGCCCUUCACACGCCGAUUCACUCAAUAACUUAGCUAAUAUCAAACGCGAACAAGGAUACAUAGAGGAGGCGACUCGCCUAUACCUGAAGGCUUUGGAAGUAUUCCCAGAAUUCGCAGCCGCACACAGCAACCUAGCUUCCGUUUUACAACAGCAAGGAAAACUAAACGAAGCGCUUAUGCAUUACAAGGAGGCUAUUCGCAUUCAGCCGACAUUCGCCGAUGCUUACAGCAACAUGGGUAACACCCUGAAAGAGAUGCAGGAUGUCGCCGGCGCGUUGCAAUGUUACACUAGGGCGAUUCAAAUUAACCCCGCAUUCGCCGACGCUCACAGUAACCUGGCAAGUAUACACAAGGACUCCGGGAAUAUCCCCGAGGCUAUCCAGUCGUACCGGACGGCGUUGAAAUUGAAGCCGGACUUCCCAGACGCGUAUUGUAACCUAGCGCAUUGCCUACAAAUUGUCUGUGAUUGGACCGAUUACGAGGCGCGAAUGAAAAAGUUGGUGAGCAUUGUCGCCGAACAGCUGGACAAGAAUAGGCUGCCGUCCGUUCACCCACACCACUCCAUGCUGUACCCGCUGACGCACGAAUAUAGAAAGGCGAUAGCCGCCCGCCACGCGAAUCUAUGUCUGGAAAAGGUUCAAGUACUACACAAGCCGCUCUACAAAUUCCCCCGCGAAUUGCAAGGUCGUCUGCGUAUCGGAUACGUCAGCAGUGACUUUGGCAAUCACCCAACGUCUCAUCUCAUGCAAUCCGUCCCGGGGCUUCACGAUCGGGGCAAAGUUGAGAUCUUCUGUUACGCCCUGAGUUCCGAUGACGGAACCACUUUCCGCUCCAAAAUCGCCCGGGAGGCGGAGCAUUUCAUUGAUCUCUCUCAACUGCCGUGUAACGGAAAAGCCGCAGACAAGAUUUACGGAGAUGGCAUUCAUAUACUAGUAAACAUGAACGGUUAUACAAAGGGCGCUAGGAAUGAGAUAUUCGCUUUGAGGCCGGCUCCCGUACAAGUGAUGUGGCUGGGAUACCCCGGCACGAGUGGAGCGAGUUACAUGGACUAUCUGGUCACUGACGCCGUGACCUCACCCGUGGAACUGGCGAGCCAGUACAGCGAGAAGUUGGCGUACAUGCCUCACACCUACUUUGUGGGUGAUCACAAGCAGAUGUUCCCUCAUUUGCAGGAGCGCUUAAUUCUCAGCGAUAAAGUGAAGUCGCAUAACAGCCUUGGUGGUGUAGCUGAUAACGUGGCGGUCAUUAACGCGACAGAUUUGUCACCCCUGGUGGAGCAUACUGACAUCAAAGAGAUCAAGGAGGUGGUGAGGGCGGCGAGACCUGUGGAAAUUUCAUUAAAAGUGGCAGAAUUGCCCACUACGACACCAAUUGAAACGAUGAUAGCGUCCGGACAGGUUCAGACGUCCGUAAACGGAGUCAUUCUCCAAAACGGAUUAGCGACCACCCAAACGAACAACAAGGCAGCAACCGGCGAGGAGGUUCCACAGUCCAUUGUGAUAACCACCAGACAGCAGUACGGAUUGCCAGACGACGCGGUGGUCUACUGCAACUUCAACCAGCUAUACAAGAUAGAUCCCCUCACACUUCACAUGUGGGUGUACAUCUUGAAACAUGUGCCGAAUAGUGUUCUCUGGCUGUUGAGGUUCCCGGCUGUCGGUGAACCAAAUCUACAGUCGACUGCUCAGCAAUUAGGGUUACCACCAGGUCGCAUUAUUUUUUCAAAUGUAGCUGCUAAGGAGGAGCAUGUAAGACGUGGACAGUUGGCGGACGUCUGCUUAGACACACCCCUAUGUAACGGACACACGACUAGCAUGGAUAUCUUAUGGACUGGCACGCCCGUGGUUACUCUGCCCGGAGAGACGUUGGCUUCCCGUGUGGCGGCGUCGCAAUUAAACACGCUCGGUUGUCCCGAAUUAAUUGCUAGGACUCGUCAGGAAUACCAAGACAUCGCCGUGAGACUUGGCACCGACAGGGAGUACCUAAAAGCAAUCCGGGCGAAAGUGUGGACGGCGAGAACGGAAAGUCCUCUAUUUGACUGCAAAGCUUACGCAACAGGCCUCGAAAUGCUCUACAGCAAAAUGUGGUCCAAGUACGCCCGUGGAGACCGCCCCGACCACCUCAGUGCCAUAGACAAAUAG